CAGAUUCAAUGUUUUUAACACUGUCUGGUGAUGGUUGGACUAACGUAUCAAAAAAUAGUAUGUUAAACUUUAUCAUUACAAAUAAAAAGCACGAAAGUCAAAUUUUAAAAAUCAACGAUUAUUCUGAUCAAUGUCAUAUGAGUAGCAAUAUAUUUGCUAUAUAUAAAGAAAUUGGAAUGAGUCUUGGUUUAAAUAAGUAG